AUGAAGACGUUUUCAGCUGUAUUAUUAUGUAUGGGCACACUUUCCCUGGUGGCUGCAGCUCCAGCGAACCGCGACAGCUCCCCCAUCGAGUAUGAAUACGACUACGACCACGCAGCCCAACAGGCACAGCAAGCCCCACAGGCCCAGGAGCCCCAGGAGUCAGCCAGCCACUACGACGCCUACAUCCAGGACGUAAAAGCUGCAGCCAGCGGCGGCAAUGGCGGCAAGAAAGAGUGGGCCAGCUCGGACCAGGAUCCCAUUCAAGUGACCAGCGAACAACCCUUGCACCUCCACGAAGAACCUCUGCUCACCACAGCCCCAGAAUCAAUUCACGCUCCCAUUGACAGCAAUGCAUUCAUAACAAACGCAAUCACAUCACUCCAAAAUUCACUGCAUUCGAAACCAAACCAGAUCGAACUCGAGAAACCCAUCGAUUUCCAGUUCCAGCCGUUCCAAUCCGCUUUUAACCAGUUUAGAUUCAAACCUUUACCGGCUAAGUCUCAAAAACUAGCCACAAAUCCGUUUCAGUCAUUUGCUAAACCGGUUAAAGUAGCUCAUAAGCCUACUAAAUUAGUAUCUAAGCCUGCCAAUUUAGUUGCUAAGCCAACUAAGGUAGUAGUCGCUAAAAAUGUUGGGAAGAUAUUCCCCGACGCUUAUAUUAAUUUAGAUAGCUUUUUCAAGGAUAACAAAUUGUCAAGUCAAACGCCAGCGAAAGAAGAGCAGCAGGCAGCCGAGCCGGAGGAGGAAGAAGAAGAAGAAGAAGAAGGUGAAGCCGAACAUGAAGAAGAAGAAGAUUGCGAAGAAGAAAAAAAGAAAAAGUAG